UACUUGAUCAUUCACGAGAGUAUGUAUAUGAACAUUUUGAGUUUAGCUUGCGAUUUAGAAAACAAAAUCUUGAAUGACUUGGACGAGAAAUAUUUUCAUAUUUGUCGGCUCAUUUUCCUAAAGUAUAAUAAAUUAUACGGUGUAGAUCAUCUUAGGAAUACUUUAGCAUUAAUUAAUUCGACUAAUAACUUGAUUCCAUUUCUUCAUACAGAAAAUGUUGACGAUUUAUUACAAGAUUAUUGUACAAAUCAUACAAAUAUUUUAAACAAACACAAAUGAUAUGUGCAUAUAGAACGAAGUUAAAUUCCUUUCAUUUUCACCGUUUUUCUUUUCUGUUAAUAGGCACUUGUCCUUCAGGAAAUAUGAUUAAUGGCACUGAUCUAACUGUUUCAUUUAGAUCAGGUUUAAGUGCUAUAUUCGGUUGUUAAGCGGAGGCCAGAACAAUGAUUGAUUGAUUAUACAGAUCGCUCAGGCACAAAUUAUCCCGAUCGGGAUUUAUAGCCCAAUCGGAAUAAUCGUACAGGCCGAUCGCGAUUUUAUCCUGAUUGGGAUAAAAGUCAUGACUCUGCACUGGCAGAGUGGGUUUUAGUCAGUUGAAUUAUGUUGUUCUGGUUUUGAAACAUCAAAAAAUAAUCAAAAUCAUGAAAUUUUCAUCGCUGUUUGGCUCGAUUUGAAUAUGACUAAUUCACAUAAAUACAAAGAGACAUUGCUAUGCUUACGUUCUAUUAUUAAUCAUAUAAAAAUUCUUGAAGAUGCGCACGAAUGUUUCGAUUAUAUAUCUUCUGCUAUAGAUGCAAAACUAUGUCUUAUAAUGCCGUACGGCCUUGGUGAAUAAAUAUUACCACAUGUUGGAAAAUGUAUACCUCAAAUUAUAUUUAUCUAUCUGUUUUUAGAAGGGAAGAAAAAUCAUAUGGAUGAACAAAACGUUAUGAAACUAUACGUGAAGUAUAUGAGGAUCAACUAGUGAAUAAAUUAUCUGAAGAUGUCCAGUCAUAUGAGAAAGACCUGAAAUCAACAGCGACGAUUUUUAAUUUAGUUAAAACUAUCGAAACAUCAAUAAACGAUUUAACAACAGGGGAAGCAGAGUUUAUAUGGUUUCAGUUACUUUUAGAAACAUUAUUUCGUAUUCCUCAAUCGGAGACAGCCAAAAAUGAUAUGGUUAACGAAUGUCGAAAAUUCUGUAAAAAUGACCAAAUAGAAUUGAGGAAUUUGAGAAAACUUAUGAUUCAGCCAAUGUUAUACGCUGGUCCAAAAAAUAUAACACUUUACCGUGGACAACGUAUCAAAAUAGAUGAGAUGAUAAAAUUAGAGUCAAAUAUUGGUCAACUUAUCUCGAUGAAUACAUUUCAAUCGGUAAGCAGAUCAUGCGAAGUUGCAGCACAGUUUGCGGGAGGUGACGAUCCCAGUUGUUUAGUCAAUGAAGCACAAGUUAUAUUUGAAAUGAAUAUCGACACAAGUGCAUGUCAUUCAAAACCAUUUGCUGAUAUAUCACACCUUUCAUUUAUGAAAAGUGAAGAUGAGAUAUUAAUGUCAGUGGCAACGGUAUUGAAUUGA